AAGGUUCGUCGUCGCCCGCUGUUACGUGGUGCCGCGCGCGGACAAGGAAGCGCGGCGGAGCCCCAGCAGAAGAGCGGAGGGGAGGGGGCGGCGCGCGGGCGCGCGCGGUGAGGGCAGGCGGGUGACGAGAUGUUGGCGGAAGAAGCGCGGCGGGCUCCCGACGGAGGCUGAGGAGGCUGGAGCCCGCCCGGCCUCUCCUCCGCCCGCCUCAAGGUCCCUGCGAAGCGCCGGCUCAUGACAGCGAGCGCCCGGCCGGGCGACCCAGGCAACAGCGAGCCCGGCUGAGGGAGGAAGGAGAAGACGACGACGGAAAACGGCGCCUCCGCCUCGCCUCGGGAGCCCUCGCUGCCGCCAAAGUUUGCCGCUCGCGGGCGGGUGGCGAAAGGACGCUGGUGCCGGAGAGCAAAGUUUGUUUUCUUCUCGGUUGCUCCGCCGGUCGGGAACUUCGGCGCGUCGGGAGUGGAGAGAGCGGGUGCCGCCGAGGCUGUGGGCUGCCCGCCCCCGCUCCUCCGGUGCAGCUCGCCUAGACUGGACAUUUUGUCUUCCUUCGCCUGCCUUGGAGCGUGUGGGAUUAAGACCGCCGCUCUCUCCCCACCCCCACCCCCGCAUCUUGGAGGCGUCCGGUCUUUUUCUCCUCCCUCCUCCUCCUCCUGCGGGGUGUCGGAUUAAGACCCCCGCGCACUUGGAAGCCUGCCCUGGCCGGGGUAUUGGAUCAAUAGCGCCCUUUAUUCGGAAGGCCCAGCCACCCUCCUUGAGCCUCCCUUUCCUGGGGUGUCGGAUUAAGAACCCCUUGCCCUUGGGAGUGUUGGAUUAAGAGCCUGCCCCCCUCCGUGGUGGGGUGUGAGAAGCGCCCUCGCCUGCUGCUGCCCGUUGCCAGCCCGGCGCCUCAGGUCGCCGCUUCCUCUUCCUUCCUUCCCUGGUGUGUGUGUGUGCGCGACAGACAGAGAGGGAGGGAGGGAGGGAGGAAGGGGAACAGGGAGAUCUCUAUGCUUCGAGAGAGAGGCGGCGACCCCCCCUUGUCGUGUCUCCUUCGUGCCCAGCCAUGUCGACAACGACCAUCUCCGCCGUGGAGAAAGUGGACGGCUUCACCCGGAGGUCGGUGCGGAAGGCUCAGAAGCAGAAGCGGUCGCAGGGCUCCUCGCAGUUCCGCACCCAGAGCAGCCAACCGGAGCUCUCCCCGCUGCCCCAUCUCAAAGAUGCCACUUCAAAUGAACAGCAAGACCUCUUCUGUCAGAAGUUACAGCAGUGUUGUGUACUGUUUGAUUUCAUGGACUCUGUCUCAGACUUGAGGAGCAAAGAAAUUAAAAGAGCAACGCUGAAUGAACUGGUGGAAUAUGUUUCAACAAAUCGUGGUGUACUUGUAGAAUCAGCAUAUGCUGAUAUCGUGAAAAUGAUUAGUUUCAACAUCUUCAGAACACUUCCACCGAGUGAAAAUCCAGAUUUUGAUCCAGAAGAAGAUGAGCCUACGUUAGAAGCCUCGUGGCCCCACAUACAGCUGGUGUAUGAAUUUUUACUGAGAUUUUUAGAGUCACCUGAUUUCCAGCCUAGCAUUGCAAAGCGUUAUAUUGACCAGAAAUUUGUACAGCAGCUGUUGGAGCUUUUUGAUAGUGAAGAUCCACGAGAGCGCGACUUCCUAAAAACAGUACUUCAUCGAAUUUAUGGCAAAUUCCUUGGAUUAAGAGCAUUCAUCAGAAAACAAAUCAACAAUAUUUUUCUCAGGUUUAUAUAUGAAACGGAACAUUUCAAUGGUGUUGCUGAGCUACUUGAGAUACUAGGAAGUAUUAUCAAUGGGUUUGCAUUGCCAUUGAAAGCAGAACAUAAACAGUUCCUUAUGAAGGUUCUUAUCCCUAUGCAUACUGCAAAGGGAUUAGCUUUAUUUCAUGCACAGCUGGCCUAUUGUGUUGUUCAGUUCCUGGAGAAAGAUAUGACAUUAACAGAGCCGGUUAUCAGAGGAUUGCUCAAAUUUUGGCCAAAAACAUGCAGCCAAAAAGAGGUCAUGUUUUUAGGUGAAAUUGAAGAAAUCCUGGAUGUAAUAGAACCAACACAGUUCAAAAAAAUACAAGAGCCUCUCUUCAAACAGAUAGCCAAGUGUGUGUCAAGUUCACAUUUUCAGGUUGCAGAAAGGGCUUUGUACUUCUGGAAUAAUGAAUACAUUCUUGGUCUGAUUGAGGAGAACAUUGAUACAAUUCUACCAAUUAUGUUUGGUAGUUUAUACAAGAUCUCCAAAGAACACUGGAAUCCAACCAUUGUAGCAUUGGUGUAUAAUGUGCUGAAAACACUGAUGGAGAUGAAUGGAAAACUGUUUGAUGAACUCACAAGCUCUUAUAAAGCAGAAAGACAAAGAGAGAAAAAGAAAGAGCUAGAACGUGAAGAACUGUGGGUGAAGCUGGAGGAGCUAAAGCUAAAAAGAGCCCUGGCUGAGCAGCAGAAUAAUACACCCUCCGUGAUAAAUGUACAGAAUGAUACAAGUGCCAAUUGAGAAUGACAGCCUCUGUUUAUGAGGCAAACCUUUUAUACAGGUUUUUUUUUAAAUAUGUAAAAAAAUUCAAGAGAAACCUCAUCAGUAUAUUAGAAAUGGCCAUUUGUUUUUUUCUUCUGGCAAAUUGUAAAUGAAAGUGUUUGAACUGAAAUACAAUAAUUGAAUGUGACAUUAUUUACCACAGCAUAUUGUAAAUUUGUCUAAUCAUUGCUAUAUUGUCACUUCUGACAUUUCACAGAAAUGAAUUUUAUCAUCCAUGAUGUGUGUGAUUUAAUUAUGGGAGUGGUGAAAAAUUAUGACUUGAAUUUUCCCCCCUUUCUUUGUGUUGCACAUAGGCAUAGAAGUCAGCUAUUUACAUUUCCCUCCCCCCUCCAUGUGCUUUUCACAUUACUGCAGGCUUUGACUGAGAUUCUGGAAGAGACUUCUAGCUGUACUGUAUGAAACUGUACAAAUGAAACUAAGGCUGCAAUCUUAUGCUUGCCUACUUGGGAGUAAGCCCCAUUGAACUCUGAGGUUUACUUUUGAAUAAAUACGCAUAGGGUUGGGUUGCAAGGUAAACUGACUUCUGUCUUUAUCGGGAUGAGAUUCGUAUCUGCCCAUUACACUGCCACAGAUUUCAGAGCUAUUGCUGCAUAGAGUGUUCAGAGAACAGAGCCAUGGGGCGGGGAGUAAAGCACAGGUUAAAAACACAAUCCAGCACAAAUGUAUUCUGUACCCAAUUGGAGACUUCACAUCAACUUCCACUGAACAGUUGCCUUGCUCCCCCUUAUCCUUCAUAUCUGCCCCUUUAGUAGAGCAUUCAGUAGUUAUGCUACAGAUCCUAUAUCUGAGGAUGGAGCUUCCUUUUGAGCCUGUCAGCGAAGCUCCUAAUUUAGCUCUGGAGCUGUUGCAGAACAGAGCAUAGCAUGGCAGUUUUCAUUAGAAUGGAUUCUGCAAGAUUGGUGGCUUGGGUUGUGCAAUUCCUGUCCAGGAAUGAACCAUCUAUGUGACAAACAGUUCCUUGUUUCAUUUUAAGGAGAAUGCAGUGUGCUUGUUCUUUAUGAUGGGAAAAGCUAACUAUAGAAGUCUUGUCUGUUUUUACUUGAUCAGGUGGGGGGUUUUUUUGCAGAUCUUUCCAUCAGAGUACCAUUCCAGUCUCUUAAAUUGCAAUUGUGUGGAAAAUGGUUUUUGUAUUGAAAGACUGAGGGAUUGAGCAGCAUUCAAUAAAGUCUUUAUGUUUGUA